CUCUCUCUCUCUCUCUCUCUCUCUCUCCUGCAUCAGCUGGAGCAGCUGGUGCCUAAUUCGCCAGCAAACGUGGAGAGAGCAAUCGAGAAGAGAGCCUUCUCAAUCCGAGUCGUAGCAUUUCGAUUCUCUCUCUUUCUCUCAUCUCGACAAACUAUUCUCAGGGCAGGAUCUGAAGAAAGUAGAGCUAAUUUCUUUCCACGUACUCGAGCAUUUCUGUUCUGAUUGGAAUAUUGAGAGAGGAUUCACUAUGUCGGGUACAGCGGAUCGAUUCCCACAGCCUUGUUUUGAAAGUUCCUCAGGUUUUGAGGAAAGAAAAGAACGGAAAUCAGAAUUUGAAAUCUCGGAGGAUGAAAGAAGGACGAGACUUGGGGCUUUGAAGAAGAAGGCAUCAAGUGUAUCUAGUAAAUUGAGGAAUUCGCUCAAGAAGAAAACCAGAAGGAAAAGCGAGACUGAGAGUUGCCUUCCGAUAGAGGAUAUCCGUGAUGCUAAGGAGCUAAAAGCUGUAGAAGCCUUCUGGCAAGAACUAAUCUUGCAUGACUUGCUCCCUGCGAGACAUGAUGACUAUCAUAUGAUGUUGAGAUUCUUGAAAGCGAGGAAGUUUGAUAUUGAGAAAGCAAAGCACAUGUGGGCUGAUAUGCUUCAGUGGAGGAAAAACUUUGGUGCUGACACUAUCAUGGAGGAUUUUGAGUUCAAAGAGUUGGAUGAAGUAUUAGAGCACUACCCACAGGGUUAUCACGGCAUAGACAAGGAGGGAAGGCCUAUUUACAUUGAAAGGCUUGGAAAAGCUGAUCCAAACAAGCUUAUGCAAGUGACAACUAUGGAUCGGUUUGUGAAAUACCAUGUGCAGGAGUUUGAAAAGAGUCUCUCUAUCAAGUAUCCAGCCUGCUCUAUUGCUGCAAAAAGGCACAUAGGUUAUGGUACAACAAUUUUAGAUGUUCAAGGCGUGGGUUUGAAGAACCUAACUAAACCUGCAAGAGAAGUCAUUUUGCAGCUGCAGCAAAUUGAUAAUGACUACUAUCCCGAGACACUUGGUCGUAUGUUCAUUGUAAAUGCUGGUCCUGGCUUUAGGCUGCUAUGGAACACGGUGAAAUCUUUUCUUGAUCCAAAGACAUCUUCAAAGAUUCAAGUUCUUAGUGACAAGUACCAAAGUAAAUUGCUUGAACUGAUUGACUCAAGUGAGUUGCCCGAUUUCCUAGGCGGAAGCUGUACUUGUGCAGAUCAGGGAGGUUGUAUGAGGUCUCAAAAAGGGCCAUGGAAAGACCGUGAUAUAUUGAAGAUGGUUUGUAAUGGAAAAGCACGACGGCCCACACAGAUAGUGACUAUUUCAGAUGGUGUGGGGAGAAUAACUGGUGACGAAAAGACAAGUGAUCCAAUGAUAAAAAGUGGUGACGACUCUGCUGAGUCAGGAUCUGAAGCGGAAGAAAUUGCCUCUCCGAAAGCAACAAAGACACAUCCAGAACCAAGGUUGACUCUUGUCCUUGAAGAAGGCAGGGUGGUUGGAAAUGCAGACUCAGGAGGCAGCUUGUCAGGGCAUGAUGAACAUGUCCCUGUAAUUGAUGAGGCUGUGGAUGGAGGAUGUGAGGAAAGAAUGUCACUUCAAGAGCCAGAUGCUUCAAGAGGGGUGCUUUCUUUGCCAAGAGUACAAAUAUUUCCGCAAGGACUUGGUGCUCAGAUUUCUGCCGCUCUGCUGGCCUUCUUUUCGAUCAUUUUUAAUCUCUUCACUUCACUUUUAGACAACUUGAACAAGAAGCAAUUCUCCCUUCCUUCAAAUUCUGGUUUCCCUCAUUCAGACUUCUCUACUACUGUUCUGUGGAGAUUGGGUGAACUUGAGAGGAAAGUAGAUAUGUUACGAACAAAGCCUUUAUCUAGAGAGAAAGAGGAACUGCUUGCUGCUGCUGUUUGUCGCGUGGAUGCCUUAGAAGCAGAGCUAAUUGCUACAAAGAAGGCACUGCAUGAGGCUCUGAUUAGGCAAGAAGAACUCCUUGCAUACAUGGAUAGUCAAGAGGCUGCCAAGUUGCGACAGAAAAAGAAGUUUUGCUGGUAAGAAAGAGAUUUGCGGAGCAUUCGAUUGUAUGGUAUGUUGAUCAGUCAUAUGUAGGCAUGUAGUCUUUUUUCUUUUCUUCUUUGUGUAUGAUUGAGAUGAAUGUAGACUACUUUUUCAUUUGGUUGGUUUUAUUUGGGGUGUUAAUUCUUUGAUUCCAACAUUAUAAGUGAAAUUUCCGAUGUACAGAAAAAUACGCUCAUUCGAAGUAUAAUGUAAAUAAGCUGUUAUUGUAGUUUUCUCAAUAUGCUCGUGAAGUGUAAUGUAAAUGAGCUGUUAUCGUA